AUGUCAGACGUGGAAGACCGGGUUGACGGCUCAGACGGCGGAGGCGACGACCUCUUUGGCGACGAUGGCAGCGAUGCGUCGCUGAUCGCCGACAACCCACCACUCCCCAGCGACGAUGAGCUCGCCUCAGAGCCUGAUCGCCAACGUAGCCAACGCAGCGAGGCGCGUGAGGCGGCCGGCGGCGACGGCGACGGCGAGCGACGAGAAAAGACCGUCGCAGAGGAAAUCAUCUACCGCCAUGGGCUCCCGAAGACGAACGAUGGAAACAUGCAAGCUGCAAAAGUUCCCAACUUCCUGCGAUUCUUGCCUACCGAGUACAAGUCGGAUGAGUUCCACCCUUCUGACUGGGCGAUUGAGAACUCGCUGCGGAAAAUACCCACCAACCUCGUUCGAUACCGUCGGAACCCCGAGACCGGCGAGCUGGUGAGCAACACCAACAUCUACAGAUGGAGUGAUGGCUCUUUGACCUUGCAAGUCGGCGAGGAGCACUUCGACAUACAGGUCAAGGACCAGGUGCCUCCCGCCAACAAAACAUACAUCCCCGAUCGUGAUGCGCAUCGAUAUAUCGCAGCCGCGCACAUGGGUCACUCACAUCUGCUAACCGUCGCACACAUCAACGAGGAGUGGACCAUCCGCCCGGACAAGAAGCGUGUAGACGAGGACACGGAGAUUCUCAGGGAGAAGAUGGGUCAGGCAAAGGGCGGGAUGAAGGAAGGCGAGAUGAUCAUUACCGCCACGGAAGAUCCCGAGCUGCAGAAGAAGCAGGCCGAGCAGGCCGAGAGGGAGCGCAUCCGCGCGGCGCGAAGACGGGAGAAUGCGGCAGCGAGGAUGGACGGCGGCGUUGGUGGAGGCGGUGGAUUCCGAAGGGGAAACCUGACCAUCGACGGACUGGAAGGCAGGCGCGCGCCAGGUGGUCGGAAGCGUGGCCCGGGAGGGUCAUCGAAGCGAAGCGGUGGCGGUCGCCGCCACAACGAUGAGUACGACUCGGACGACGAUCUCCCUGCCGGAGCACACGGAAACGCCAACGAGUACGACCGCGAGGAUGACUUCAUCGCUUCGUCCGGCGAGGAUGCGGAGAGUGUUGAGGAUGGCGGGGAAGAGGAUGACGACAUUCUCGACGCUGUGGACCGAGAGGAUCGUGACAGGCCCCGGGCCAAGCGCCAGAGGACAGCCGAACCUUCUGAUGACGAUGCUGAUGGAGAGCCAGAGGAUUCGGCUCCUGCAGGCACAUCUGGUGGAGAGCAUGCUCGACGGAGGAUGCGACGAAUUGUGGACGACGAUGACAGUGAAUGA